AUGCCAAAAGAUAAAUUAUCACUAGCCCGACGGUUAAGAAGCUAUGUACAAGAAUUCGGUUCAGAUACGUUUUCACACGAUUCAUCUAUUCUUUUCUGUAAAUACUGUGAAAUUAAAGUAAAUUGUGAAAAAAAAUUCAAUGUAACACAACAUCUUAAAACUGACAAACAUACAAAAGCAGUUAAACGUAAACAAGAAGAAUCAGUAAUAUCACAACAGAAAUUUUUAACACAUUCAAGUAAGAAAUCAUGUUUCAAUAAAGAUUUGUGUCAGGCCUUAUUAUCCGCUAACAUACCUCUAAAUAAACUUUCAAAUAAUCGAUUCCGCAGUUUUUUAAGUACUUACACGGGUAAAGAAAUUCCAAUGGAAUCUACAUUAAGACAAGGAUAUGUCCAUGUUAUAUAUAUUGAAACAAAGGAAAAAAUUAAAUCAUAA